GAAAGGUAAGCAGAGGCGGCCCCAGGCCCGGCCCACAUCCCCGGGCUCCCGUAGGGCGGCGGGCUGGGCCGCGCAGGCAGGGCGGGCGGCGAGCGCGCUUACGUGAGGCCGGGGAUUCGCCGGCCCACGCCAGGCCUCGGGCGGAGAAUGAAAGGAUGAGAAAAUUGGCCAGAUUUGAGCCCCAUCCUGAUUCCUCCCAGAGCCUAUGAGUGAUCUUUACUGCUGCAUCCUUAGUUUUUCUAAUAAAUGAGGUGAGAAAACAGAUUCAGUGAGUUUAAAUGAUUUGUUCAAGAUAACAGACGAUCUACUUCCUCUUGAUUGAGCAGCGUUCCAAAUUGUGGUAUCCUUGGGGUUCUCUUCACAGUGCUGCGGUACAGAAGAUUUAAAAUCAGCUGAUGUUCACAAGGAAUAGAGUCACGUGAUGUAUGAAGGGAAACAUAUACACUUCUCUGAGGUUGACAAUAAGCCCUUGUGCUCAUAUAGCCCCAAACUGUGCAAGCAGCGGCGACUCAACGGCUACGCUUUCUGUAUCAGACACGUUCUGGAAGACAAGACUGCCCCCUUCAAGCAAUGUGAAUAUGUGGCCAAGUACAACAGCCAACGCUGUACCAACCCCAUUCCCAAAUCCGAGGAUCGUAGGUACUGCAACAGCCACUUGCAGGUACUUGGCUUUAUCCCGAAAAAAGAGAGGAAGAAAAAGAAUGAUCCAGUAGAUGAGGUGAAGGUCAGGCACCAGAUGGAUACCAUGGCUUUUAGCCUGACGGUGCCUACGUUGGCCUUGAAGAUGCCCAACGGACUGGAUAGCAUGUCCCUCUCUCCACCUGGAGCAAGGGUCCCUCUCCACUACCUGGAAACUGAGUUAGAAGACCCUUUUGCUUUCAACGAGGAGGAUGAUGACCUAAAGAAAGGGGCAACUGUGAGAAAGAAGUUGCAGAGCAAGUUGGCUCAGAACCGGCAGCGCCAGAGAGAGACAGAGAUUUUAAAAGUUCGGCAAGAGCACUUUAGUCCCCCUCCUGCACCUCCGCAGCAGCAGCCUCCACAGCAGCACUCCCACCUGUCACCUUUAUCCACUUUAAAACCUCCAGCACCACCGCAGGGUUCAGUCUGCAAGUCACCUCAGCCUCAGAACACCAGCCUACCAAUGCAGGGAGUGGCCCCCACCACACACACUAUAGCACAAGCAAGGCAGUCCUCCCAGAAGAGGCCUCUGCCCCUCCUGCCAUCCAGCAAGGCUCCUGUCAUGGACUUCCCCAGGACUGACCGCAUCCUCAUGAAAGCCACCGCCUUCUCGCCACACUUCUCUUGUAUAAGUCGAUUGCAGAGACUGGUGAAACUGUGCACCCAAAAGCAUCAGCUGGACACGGAUCUGUUUCCUCACUUGGGAUUGGACUGGUCAGAGGAGAGUGGAGAGGAGCCGGAGGACUCAGAUCAGGCCUCACCAUACCAGGUCGCCUGGUCAGUCCGAGAAACUCUCAGAUAUGAACGACACACGCCAGAUGACGAUGAUGCAGAGAGUAGGAGCUCCAGGGUGACCCAACUUUGCACUUACUUUCAGCAGAAGUACAAGCACCUCUGCCGCCUGGAGCGAGCAGAGUCUCGUCAGAAGAAAUGCCGGCAUAUGUUUAGGAAAGCGCUGCUGCAGGCGGCCAGUAAAGAGCCUGAAUGCACCGGCCAGUUAAUACAGGAACUGCGAAGAGCUACCUGCAAUCGAACCAGCAUCGGUCAGACCAAAUUGAAGGAGAUGGAGCCAGCACCGUGUAGUGGAACUGUGAAGGGUGAACAGUGCACUAACAAGGCCCUUCCAUUCACCAGACAUUGUUUCCAACACAUCCUCUUGAAUCGCUCUCAGCAGCUCUUCUCCAGUUGCACCGCCAAGUUUGCAGAUGGACAGCAGUGCUCUGUGCCAGUGUUUGACAUCACACACCAGACACCUUUGUGUGAAGAACAUGCCAAAAAAAUGGACAAUUUCUUGAGAGGAGAUAACUCCCGUAAAGUUCAGCACCAGCAGCAGAGGAAACCCAGGAAAAAAACCAAGCCUCCUGCACUUACCAAAAAACACAAGAAGAAGAGAAGGCGUGGACCUCGUCGACCCCAGAAACCCAUCCCCCCCGCAGUCCCCCAAGGGAACCUCAGCAUGCCCACCAGCGUCUCACUGCCAGUGGAGGCCUCUCAUAUCCGGAGCCCUUCCACGCCAGAGCUGAGUGCUGAUGAGCUGCCGGAUGACAUUGCCAAUGAGAUAACUGACAUUCCACACGACUUAGAAUUGAACCAGGAAGACUUUUCAGAUGUCCUGCCACGGCUACCUGAUGACUUACAAGAUUUUGAUUUUUUCGAAGGAAAGAAUGGAGAUCUCCUCCCGACCACCGAAGAGGCUGAGGAGCUUGAGCGGGCCUUGCAGGCUGUAACUUCUCUCGAGUGCCUGAGUACCAUUGGAGUACUUACCCAGUCAGAUGGUGUGCCAGUCCAGGAGUUGUCAGAUAGGGGGAUAGGAGUGUUCUCCACCGGUACCGAUGCUUCUGGAAUCCAGUCCUUGAGUCGAGAAGUAAACACAGACCUAGGGGAUCUACUGAAUGGGCGGAUACAUGAUAAUUUUUCUAGUUUAGAGCUGGAUGAGAACCUGCUCCGUUCUGCUACCUUGUCUAACCCACCUACACCCCUGGCAGGGCAGAUCCAGGGGCAGUUCUCCGCCCCAGCCAACGUUGGCCUUACUUCUGCCACUCUGAUCAGCCAGAGUGCACUUGGGGAGAGAGCCUUCCCAGGACAGUUUCAUGGACUUCAUGAUGGCAGCCAUGCCUCCCAGAGGCCACAUCCUGCCCAGCUGCUGAGCAAGGCAGAUGACCUAAUCACCUCACGACAGCAAUACAGCAGUGAUCAUUCACACUCCUCGCCCCAUGGAAGCCAUUAUGAUAGUGAGCAUGUGCCGUCUCCCUACAGUGACCAUAUCACCUCUCCCCAUACAACAUCUUACUCUGGUGAUACUUUGGCAGCUACGUUUUCAGCAGAGAUGCCCAUCAUGGCACAGCACUUGCUCCCAACCCAGCUUGAGGUGCCACUUGGAGGAGUGGUAAACCCCAGAACUCACUGGGGGAAUCUCCCCGUCAACCUUGGCGAUCCCUCUGCAUUUAGCAACCUCCUUGGCGCGGAUGGACACCUUCUUUCCACUUCCCUCUCCACGCCACCCACCACGUCCAACUCAGAGACCACACAGCCUGCCUUCGCCACUGUGACCCCCAGCAGUUCCAGUGUGCUUCCGGGGCUACCACAGACCAGCUUCAGUGGCAUGGGGCCUUCUGCUGAACUAAUGGCCUCCACCUCCCCCAAGCAGCAACUCCCACAGUUCAGCACAGCCUUCGGCCACCAGCUGAGUUCUCACAGUGGCAUUCCUAAGGACCUGCAGCCCAGCCACAGCUCGAUAGCCCCUCCUACAGGCUUCACAGUAACAGGUGCCACGGCUACAAGUACCAAUAAUGCAUCGUCCCCCUUCCCCUCCCCUAACUGAAAGUGUCUGUGUCCUUGCAGGCAAGUGGGAAACCCGGUGUUUUCUAUCUUCUUUCCUCUUUCGCAACCUUUCCCCUUUUCCUACAGAAGAUUUAAAAGUAACAGCUGGGGAUUAGAGGGGCUCCCCCUUCCCCAUUCAACAAGUGGCCGUGCAAUGGACCUUGCAGCAGUGUUCACGUGCGCUCCUUAGCACUGGUGCUCAUUCCCUCCUGGCGGGUCCUCUCGGCCUGGUGGUUUCUUUGCUGGUUCAGCACAGUGACUGGAUAGGAUUAAUAUUUUGUUUUGUUAUUUUGCAGCAAGUCCUAGAAGUGGAAGAUACCUCAGAUUACCAGUGCCCUUUACUAUUUCAUAGUGUUCAGAUCAAUGCUUUCCAUUCUAUAGCCAGGUUUUUACAUAGGUGGUUCUAGAUAGAAUGAUCCUAUUAAGAUCCUGUGUAGCAGGUGGUGUGUGUAGGCAGAUCAGGGCUCUGACUUAGCACCAACUGCUAGACAUCACCGUAAGACCAGGACACCAUUCCUAAUUAUGAUAUGGUUAACUAAAAAAAACAAAAUCGUCUUUUGACUGCCUGUGAGUGUGUGUGCACAUGUGUGUGCUCUGUGCAGUGCAGGAAGUAGCUGUCCCGUUGUAUUUCUUUUUUCACUCCCAGAAUGAGCAUAAGGCUCUUUUCUCCUUCCUUUCAUCUCAUACCUAGCAAGGUUGGUCAUCCAUCCCUGAAUAGGGAAGAGGUGGUCUGGUGGUGUGAAUAGCAUAGCCCUUUUCUGCUAAAAAGUCAGCUCAUGAAGAAACAGGACACAAAAAGCUGAAUUCACAUCAGUGAUGGAGGAAUGUCAUGAAAACGUUACCUGGCUUGGCUGCAGGGUUGCCAAGGUUCAGGGCCUCACAGUCACUCUGCCUUUUUGGUGUGCAUUUGUUUCUAAAUCUCUCACUCUUGGAACACAUUUACAAGGUGUAAUUAAAGAAUAUUUUGAUGUGAAAAGGCAGGGUAGGUCAGAUCAAUUUGAAAGACAAAAAUCUGUGAACUACUUGGUCCAUCAUUUGCUUUUAAUUUUUUUUAUGUUUAUAGUUGUGGUUCUUCAGUAAGAUUUGUAAAAUGUUCAAGACACUUGUAGAAUUGGUGUACCAGUUGUGAAGUGAUGUGUAAUAUUGGAAGGAUACACAUUUUAAAGUUUCUUUCAAAGCAGAAUAUGGAAAUUAGACAUAAAUUUUAAUUAUGUUAGGUACUUUUAAAAAUAAUCCAAGUUCUUAAGUUGGAGUAAAUUUGGAAAUCAUUUGGGGAAAUUGUUUUAAAGUACCAAGGUUUUAGGGUUAAAACCAUUGGGUAGUGUAUUAAGCGUGACUGUGAAAUGGCUUGUAGGACUUCCUCUUGUCUGCCUCCCCCUGUCCAGAGAAGGGUGGAGCGUGAUUUUCUACUCUAUGCUUGCUGAAAUAUUUCACUGUCCCUUAAAAUCCUGAUGGUUAUUCAUACCUGUAAUGAUGUGAUACAGUCAUUCUUUCGUCAGAGACUGUUGGAUCCUAAUCUUUCCCAGAGGUGAAGAUUGGGACAUAGUCCCCUGCUUCUCAUGUGUGUUUUCUUCAUGCCAUGAUAGUUUAAUCAGUCCCUUUUGAAAGCUUUUCUUUCUCUGCCUCGUAAAGGAAUGAUGGUGAUCAGCAGGCAUUAUGCAGAUACCACGUGCCUGAGAUUUUGGAGGGAAAGUGUCACAUGACUAUGAAAUCAUGAUAAACCCUAUUUUGUAUUUAUUAAAGUUGGGGGGGGCAAAAUAUGUUUGUAAUAUAUUUACUUUUUUUUAAGAAAUCAUGUUAGUUAAUUGGAACAUUUAUUUUUAAUAGCUUUGCCUUUUUUGCAGAUUGAGAAAUUUCUAAAUUAUAAACUAUGUCACAAAGCAAAAUUAUAUUUGGUAUCACCAUGAGUUUCUAUCCUAAAUGGUGAGAACUGAUAUUUGACUACUUCUCACCUGUGAACCUAUGUCAGUAGCUUUUUUUAUUUUAGUGCACUAUAAAGAAAUGAUAGUGAGUGGUUACCUCGGCUCAAAAGUGUCAUUUAGUUUGCUAAGCUAUUCUCACACCCAUUAUAAUCAUCACUAGAUAACUGUAUUCCCAGAAAAUUUGUUUUGUCUCUAUUGUGUAUUAAUUAAAGGGAUUAAGGGUUGUCAUAGAGUAGCUCAUGGACUUCCUUAUCAGCCCCUCUUCAUAGGUAGUUGAUAAGAACUGUUUCUGGAUAUUUAUCCCUCAUGUUAGCUGCUUAAAAUUCUUUAGUUGUCAAAACUGAGUUUGCAGUAGGUUGCACAUUUUAUUGUUUGCAAUUUUCUGUUUUAUGUGCAUUUAAAGCCCUUCUUUGCUUUCGAGUAAGGAGGCACGAAGUGAUCAGGAAUGUUGCCAGUUACAGCUUCACACCAAAAAUGUUGAAUAGACUCACUUGUUUAGAUGGGCAUGAUGAAGGCUGAAGAAAGGGCAUCUUAGAAAGUACUGGUGUAGGAUUGGAUAAUUAAUUAAAAACCACAUUUUCCCCUUUUCAUCUACUUCAGACAUAACCUCCAAGCUUGCAGUUGGCUGUUCUCUUGCUUUUCUUGUGAGUCCCUUGUUGGAAGAAUAUCUAUAAGCCCAGAGAUAACCGUUUUGCUUCUCUUCUAGCUAUUGAAGCAAUUAUUGUCUAUUAGUAGUAGAUGGGGUAUUAAUGUGCAAAGAAAGAAAUAAAGCAUCUUUUACUCCAGAUAGAUGAACAUAGCACUUAUGUUAUGGUAAGGCAGUACUGGAAUCAAAAAUCUUACACAAGGUCCUGAUGAGUGUUGAUGAGAAACUGUGGUAAAGAAGAUUCACUCUGUCCUUGCAGUUCUUUGGGACCAUUUGUAAAGGCCAGUUAGAUUAUGUUACUGUGAUUUCCUUUCCUAAGUUGCUGCAGUUACGGAUGCAUUCUGUGCCCAGAGGAUCUGAAACUCACUGACUGUGAUCUGUAGCAUCCAAAGGAAAGACGGGCUUUCUCUCUUUUAACUGUUAAUGUUAUUUUGGUAAAAGUACUAAAGACAUUGUUUUUUCUUCUGUAAAAAUGGCUUAGCAAUUUUCAUGUCUAGUUAGCUUAGGUAGCUAGUCAACAAUUCAGGAUAGUAGAGAGCAAUUGUACCUAACCCAUCAAGUGACAGACUAUGCAAUGGAAAAACCUAGUUAUCAUCGCAUAGCUUAUAAGCAAAGGAUUAUUUUCUCUAGUGAGCCUGUUGUGUAUAGUGUACCUGCUUUGUAAGUGACCUGAGCAAUUUUAUGUUGGCAGGCAGCGUGCUAUGUCUAGUGUCCCUCUGUGAAAAGAUUAUGGGUGGAUGAGAAGCAGAUAGAAGGAAAGGCAUGGAGGUCAAAUUGGAAAGUGGUUUUGUUUUAUAUUCCUUACAGUUGGUGUUAGCAUCUUUAGGGGCUUACAGUUAAGGAAAGCUAACAUUUUAUCUUUGCCAAGUAACUAUAAGAUUUACCUUUUAAAGGAAGUCAGACUUUCAACUGAAAGUUAGGAAUCACCAUCUUCCAUGAGGAACACUAAAGCCUUUCCUUUCCAGAGCUUGUUUUCAGUCCAGGGUCACAGUCCACACUGGUAAAGACAGUUCUUUAGUUAGACCAUGUCCGUGCUAGGUAUAAGCAUCCUGUCCAUAAGCUUUCUUCUACAUGAAAGUUACAUUUCUGUUGACCUGUAGCAUGAAAUUUUUUUAAUUGGUGUUAGAAUUUGGGCAUGUGGAAGGGAAGCCCUUACUACCAUUCCCUUGACUCUUGCUUGUGAUCCUUGUGCCCCAGUGUCCUGGGUGACCCUGGCAUCCUGGGUGGCAGUGGUUGAUGGGCUUCAUCAGCAGUGUUGGCCUGAAGCCUUUUCUCUAUCUUAGUUGUGCAUUGAUAGUGCAAAAACAUGAGGGUAUUAACACUAAACUGUUUUUAAUAGGUUUAGAAUUCACUAGGAUUUUAAAAAGUAUCUACUUUCUUAAUUUCUUCUUUUUUUUUUCAGACUUUAAAAAUUCUAUUAAAUUCCAUUCUUAAUCUGAUGUAUGUGGGAUAAUCUAAUUGAGUGGUCUGCUGAAUGGUGAACAGAACUCUCCAGUUUAAUGAGGAAAUGUAGGGGCUUCUUUGAAAGAAAAUUUAGUUGGUGUGAAUAUCCUUCAUUUGUAUCUCCUUCAUUACCACUGCCCACAUUGUUCUAAGGAUUUCUUCUUGUCAGAACUAGUUUAUCCGUUCAUGAAAGCCCCCAACCCAUUAAAUUGAAAGUAACUGAAUCUUCACUGGGAUUCUAUAGAAAAGAAAAAAUAAUGAUUUCUUCUUGGCUUCUUUAAGCUUUUCUAUAUUAUAUUCUGGAGGGAAUUGAAAUCACAUUUAGUAGAUUAAAGUAAUAUUUUAAAUGCUGUCUUUCAAAAGAUUUUUAAAUAAAAUAUCAGUGAGCAGAACAGAUGGCUGUCUGUUAAGCAUUUCCCCCAACCAGUGAGUUAGGGAAGAAAACUUAGGAAUAUUAGUUAAUGCCUCUUCUAGUAACCAGUGGCAUUAGUGCUGCAAUUGUGGGUCACACUUAGGGAGCUUUUCUUUUUUUCACUCCGGCUCAUAUUUUUGGUCCGCUUUCCUCUUCUGCACUGUGAUAAGGAGCCAAUAUAAGGAGAUGUGGCUUUUCAGAGAUAGAAAUUUGUUAUGACUUUAUCUACCCUGUGUUCCCAAGCUUCACCAAUGCUUGGAAUAGUUUGAAGAACAGAUCUAAAAUGAUCUUUGAGUAAUCUAAAGUUAGUCUGAAAGACAGUCUUGUAAGAGAAGAAUCUGUUUGACUCUUGGAGGCUGCCUUUGGCAGCGUGCUUUCUUUCCUUCCUCCCUCUGCCUGUUUGCACACCCAACCCCGUGCCACAUGGUGCACGUGCACACCACAUGAGCCAUACUGAUCUUGGCUGAAGAGUGAUAGAAACUUCUUUCACUUGGGUUUUUUUGUUGUUCUUAUUUGUUUCUUUGUUUUUUAAGCUGGGGACCACUGAAGUAAGCUCUAUAUGCACCCACAGUUCGCCAUGGAAAACUUCUCAACAUGCAGGGUGGACGGCUCCAGUGCAACUAAAGCCCACACCAUUGCUUUUCCUUGGGAUAUAGACUGAUUUGCCCCAAACAUCUCCACCCUGCACCAUUAAGGUACAGUCGGCUCCAGCAGGUUUAGUGCUAACAUGGCUAGGGAGCUUGACACUUGCUGACAGUGUGUGCAUCUGUUCCUCUCAACAGUGAUGGCUCUUCUCACUGUAUAGUGUUGAGUAUGUCUCAGGGAUUCCUUGUGGAAAUUAGGGCAGUUUUUAAAACAAGAAAAUAGUUUUCAAAGAAACUAAAGGUGACUCAUCAUUGAAGAGAGCUCGAGAGAGAGAACAUUUGGUUCCGUCAUAGCCACGGUGUCUCGCCUAGGACUCUUUCUUUCUACUUCAGGCUCUCAUCUCAGCUUCAGCAUACAGAACCCUUUCCCAUCAUGCACAGCUUUAAACUUUUAUUUAAAACUUCCUCCCCCAAUGAGCUUUCAGAAUACUUAUUGUAGAUUUUAAGAGAAAGGUAUAUUAAUUUAUACUAUUAACAUCACCUCAUAAAUUAUAAGUUUUAUACUAAAGCUGUAUUGAGUGUAAUGAAUUAUGUUGCCUAUGUGUUUUAAUAGCUAAAAA